AUGAUAAGUAGACACACAGUACACCACUCACGCACUACCCCAAACCCAACAAAUAAUUUCAAAUGCCUCCAGUGGAAUGCCAGAGGGCUCACCAAAGCCAAACUAGAAGAAUUCCGGCAAUUCCUAUCCUUAGUUAAACCUGAAAUAAUCCUCCUCAGCGAAACGCACUGGAAGAAAUCUUUCUACGUUAAAUUCAAAGCCUACCAUAUCCUCAAGAAGAACCGCCCUAACAGAUCAGGGGGAGGAGUAGCAAUUCUAAUUAAUAAACAACUUUCGUUCACCCCCUUGCCCCUUACCCCACAUGACACCGUAGAAGCCAUCGGCGUCAGCAUCCUAUCAAGAAGCAACUCAAAAAUCGAUUUCAUUUCUGCCUAUGUUCCCAAAGGCGACUGUGAAAUGGCUGACGUAGCGGAAAUUUUCAACAGACCCAACCCGGCGGUUAUUGGAGGGGACUUCAACGGCCACCACGACAUGUGGGAAAGCAACGCAACCGCCAACAAAGCAGGGAAGACCAUCUUCGAAACCAUCCUCAACAGCCAAGACAUAUGCCUCAUAACACCUAAUGAUCUAGGUACAAGGAUCGAUCCGGCAAGCGGGAAAAUAUCCACUAUCGAUCUAACUAUGACAUCAUCUGAACUCGCCACCUCAGCAACGAUUUCAAUAGGUCCAAGCCUAGGUAGCGACCACCUCCCCAUAUUCCUCACGCUCAACACGACCCCAGCUCGAAUCUCAAGACAACCGCCCAAAUGGAUCAUCAACGAAAACAAGUGGGCAGACUGGAACCACCUCCUAGACACCGCACUCAUAGAACUCAAGUUCUCGGAGAUCCAGAACCCAGAAGCAGCCACUACAGCUUUCAUGACAGGACUGAACGGAGAAAACGAAAAAUGCUUCAAAAAAUCAAACCCAUCACGGGCAAGAAACUCAGAACCAUCGCGGCCCUGGUGGAACGCAGAAUGCAACACACUAGUGAAGAACGCACGAAUUGCACUCAAAAACUGGUGCAAAUCACCUACAUCGCUACACCUCAGAACGGAAUGGAAAAAAGCCGAGGCCCUGAAAAAGAGGCACAUCAUCAAGGCAAAAAAGGAAGCCUGGUCCUCCUUCAUCUCGAACCUCGGCCCGCAAGACCAACCCCGCCUCUGGACUUUCACCAAAAGCAUGCUAGGAAAAGGAUCUAACCUCUCACCAGACGGCCCCCUGAUCUCAAACAACAACACAACGAUAAACAGCCCGAAGGAAAAGGCCGACCUAUUCCUCGACCGAUUCAGCAGUGUGUACCCAGCCAAUCUACCAACUAACGACCACUUCUACGCCACCAUCAACAGCAACAUAACAUCCACCACCCACAACAUCCUGAACGAUCCAAUCACACCGGAAGAACUCGAGAGAUCCCUCCCCAAAUCCAAAAGUAAAGCGGACCCACCUACUACACCUAUUCAACACCCUAUUUACGAAAUCCCAUUUCCCAGCACAGUGGAAGGAAUCAAUCGUGCUACCCCUCCUAAAACCCGGCAAGAAAGCAGAGGACCCUUCAUCGUACCGCCCAAUCUCACUCACUUCAUGCCUUUGCAAGACCAUGGAAAGAGUAAUCGCAAACCGCCUACACUGGUUCCUCGAGUCCAAGAACAAAAUCAAUAA